UGAUCGAGAGGUGAAAUAAACUCUGACGCAACAAAUUCGGUAUCUCUCUUUCUACCAUAUAUUAUGUUCCUAAAAAUCCACAUAUUUCCCCAUAAAAUUCUGUAAUUUUCCCCUAAAAAAUAGCCCUAUAUAUAUUUCACUUUAGUUUCUUCUCCAUUCAUUCAUACACUUCAUAACCCAUUUUCUGAGUGAAAGAAGGAUUGUUGAAGAAGAAAUGGGUUUUGUGGAAGAACAAAAAGAGGAGAAAAGUAAGAAGAAGAAAAAUGAAGAACAGAAAGUCCCAUUCUACAAGCUGUUUACGUUCGCCGAUGAGCUGGACUUGUGUCUGAUGAUCGGUGGCACGUUGGGGGCCAUCGGCAACGGGCUAGCGCAGCCGAUGAUGACCGUCAUCUUCGGACAGCUCAUAAAUUCUUUCGGCACUACGGAUCCCUCGCAUGCUGUUCAUGAAGUCUCGAAGAUAUGUGUCAAGUACGUGUAUCUUGCCAUUGGCUCGGGCAUAGCUUCGUAUUUGCAGAUGUCUUGUUGGAUGGUUACUGGAGAGCGACAGGCUGCUCGUAUAAGGACACUGUACUUGCAGACAAUUCUAAGACAGGACAUUGCAUUCUUUGACACUGAAACUACAACCGGAGAGGUUAUAGGUCGAAUGUCUGGUGAUACAAUUCUCAUUCAAGAAGCCAUGGGCGAAAAGGUUGGGAAGUUCAUACAGUUCACUUCAACAUUCCUGGGAGGAUUCACCAUUGCCUUCAUAAAAGGAUGGCGCCUCGCAUUGGUUUUGUCUUCGUGCAUACCCGCCCUGGUUAUAGCCGGAGGAUUCAUGGCGCUGUUAAUGUCGAAAAUGUCAAGCCGCGGCCAAGUUGCUUAUGCACAGGCUGGAAAUGUAGUGGAGCAGACAAUUGGAGGGAUUAGAACUGUUGCUUCUUUCACCGGAGAGAAACGCGCGAUCGACCAAUAUGAUAGCAAGCUGAAAAUUGCUUAUAAAUCUACAGUCCAGCAAGGGAUGGCUUCUGGCAUAGGAUUGGGAGUUAUAUUGCUAAUUGUGUUUAGCACUUAUGGGCUAGCGGUUUGGUAUGGUGGGAAGCUGAUAUUGCACAAUGGGUACACAGGAGGAGAGGUGAUUAAUGUUCUUAUGGCCAUCAUGAAUGGAGGAAUUGCACUGGGGCAGACGAGUCCAUCCCUGAACGCAUUUUCGUCGGGGCAAGCUGCAGCGUACAAGAUGUUUCAAACGAUACAUCGAAAACCAGUGAUCGAUGUGUACGACAUGAGUGGCAUGGAGCUGGAAGACAUGAGGGGCGAAAUCGAGCUGAAAGAUGUGUAUUUCAAGUACCCAGCUCGAAAAGAUGUGCAGAUUUUUGCAGGGUUUUCGAUAUACAUCCCCAGUGGGAAAACCGCGGCUCUUGUUGGCCAAAGUGGGAGUGGCAAGUCUACCAUCAUCAGUAUGCUGGAAAGGUUCUAUGAUCCUGAUUCUGGAGAAGUGCUUUUAGAUGGUGUUAAUUUGAAGAAAUUUAAGGUGAGAUGGUUGAGGCAACAAAUGGGGUUAGUGAGCCAAGAGCCAAUAUUGUUUGCCACUAGCAUAAAAGAGAACAUAAGCUAUGGCAAGGAAAAUGCUACAGAUGCAGAGAUUAGAACUGCAAUAGAGCUUGCAAAUGCUGCCAAAUUCCUUGACAAGCUCCCUCAGGGGCUCGAUACAAUGGUUGGUGAGCACGGAACACAGUUAUCAGGUGGACAAAAACAAAGGAUUGCCAUAGCCCGGGCCAUUCUAAAGAACCCGAAAAUCCUCCUCCUCGACGAAGCUACCAGUGCCUUGGAUGCAGAAUCGGAACGAAUUGUGCAAGAUGCACUCGACAAGGUCAUGGCCAAUAGGACCACUGUCGUUGUCGCUCAUCGUCUGACUACAAUCCGAAAUGCUGACCUAAUAGCAGUCGUGCAAACGGGCAAACUCGUGGAACAAGGAACUCAUGAUGAGUUGAUUAAAGACCCUAAUGGAGCAUAUACACAGCUAGUGAAAAUGCAGCAAGGAAGCAAGAAAGAAGAGAAGAAAGAAUUGGAAACAAGUAUGGUGGAUCAAUCAAGUGUAGAAGAUCAGUUAACUAGAUCAUCAAGCCUCAUGUUAUCUGUGCUGAAAAGAUCUAUGAGCCAUGGAUCAUCACGACACUCUUUCACGCAUAGUUAUCCGAUUCCAGGGCUGAUUGACAUCAACGAAUCCGAAAUUGCAGAUCAACAAGAAGAUGCAGAACCAGAUGCCAAAACACUGAAGCAAAGGAAGAAUGUGUCUAUUGGAAGGCUUGCCUCCCUGAACAAGCCCGAGAUUCCAAUUUUGUUUCUCGGAGUUUUGGCUGCGUGCUUUCACGGAGUAAUCUUCCCCAUAUUCGGCCUCCUGCUCUCCACCGUCAUCAAGAUUUUCUUCGAGCCCCCGCCACAGCUGAAAAAGGAUUCCAAGUUCUGGGCACUCAUGUAUGUUCUCCUUGGUAUAGCUACUUUGCUGGCUGUCCCCAUCCAGAAUUUCUUCUUUGGAAUCGCGGGGGGGAAACUUAUCCAGAGAAUCCGUUCUUUAACAUUCAGGAAAGUCGUCUACCAAGAAAUUAGCUGGUUUGAUGAUCCUGCAAACUCAAGUGGUGCAGUUGGGGCGAGAUUAUCCACUGAUGCAUCCACUGUCAGGAGCCUUGUAGGUGAUGCUUUGGCUCUAAUUGUCCAAAACAUAGCAACGGUUGUGGCAGGCGUCAUAAUUGCCUUCACGGCUAAUUGGAUCCUAGCAUUAGUCGUCCUCGUUGUGGUUCCACUACUAGGCUUGCAAGGCUUUAUGCAGAUGAGGUUGUAUGCAGGAUUUAGCGCUGACGCGAAGGUGAUGUAUGAAGAAGCAAGUCAAGUUGCAAAUGAUGCGGUUGGGAGCAUAAGAACGGUGGCGUCGUUUUGUGCAGAAGAGAAGGUGAUGGCCAUGUAUCAGAAGAAAUGUGAAGAGCCUGUGAAGCAAGGGGUUAAAGUAGGGCUUAUAAGUGGAGGGGGUUUAGGCCUUGGUUCUUUGGUGCUCUAUCUUACAAACUCAUUUUGUUUCUACAUAGGAGCCGUUCUUAUCGAACAUGACUUAGCAACCUUUCCCGAGGUCUUCAAGGUUUUCUUUGCACUGGCAAUGACUGCUACUGGGGUUUCUCAAGCCUCUGCAAUGGCACCAGACCUUAACAAGGCUAAGGAUUCAGCAACCUCUAUAUUUGACAUUCUUGAUAGGAAGCCUAGGAUUGAUAGUAGCAGUGAACAAGGUACAACAUUAACUACAGUCCGAGGAGAUAUCGAGCUGGAACACGUAGCAUUCAAGUAUCCAACUCGUCCCGAUAUCCAAAUUUUCAAGGACAUGUGCCUCACUAUGCCUGCUGGGAAGACAUGUGCUCUAGUUGGGGAGAGUGGAAGUGGGAAAUCGACGGUGAUUGGGCUCGUGGAGAGAUUCUAUGAUCCCGAUUCUGGAGAAGUGUUUUUAGAUGGUGUUCCAAUUAGGAAACUAAAGCUCAGUUGGUUAAGGCAACAAAUGGGGCUAGUGAGCCAAGAACCAGUUUUAUUCAACGAGACGAUUCGAAACAACAUAGCCUAUGGCAAACAUGGGAAUGUGACAGAGGAGGAGAUAAUUGAGGCUGCAAAAUCAUCCAAUGCUCAUAACUUCAUCUCCUCAUUGCCUCAGGGCUAUAGUACUCCAGUGGGAGAGAGAGGGACACAGCUAUCAGGAGGCCAAAAACAGCGAAUAGCCAUUGCCAGGGCGAUACUUAAAGACCCGAGAAUUCUUCUGCUAGACGAGGCUACAAGCGCGUUGGACACACAGUCAGAGCACAUCGUGCAGGAGGCGUUGGACCGGGUGAUGGUGAACCGGACCACUGUCGUGGUGGCUCACCGGUUAGCAACGAUUAAAGGGGCUGACUUGAUCGCGGUGGUGAAGAAUGGGGUGAUUGCAGAGAAGGGGAAACACGACGAGCUUUUGAACAUCAAGGACGGAGUUUAUGCUUCCCUUGUAGCACUUCACAACAGUUCGACAUGAAAAUGUUUCUCGUUUCGCUGGAAUAAACUGUGAUUUCUACGCGAAUAACGAAUCCAUUCUUGCUGGGAUUGAAGAUGCAUUUCCACAGGCCAGACAGCCCCCCAAAUGAAUACAAACAUGCAUGUAACAUUGUAAUGUAAUCUUAACAUUCUCACUUUAACAUGUUUGUUUGUAGAUAAUGCAGUCUGAUCUGCAGAUUCUCUGAAUAUCAUGUUGAUUUAUGUUGUACACCAGAGAUUUGUCAUUGAUAUUCUCAUAUUUUCUACACCCAA